AUGAGCACCUUCUCACUGCCAUCGGCCGGUGGGGUGGUAUCUCUCUUGAACGGUCGUGGUCGCCGUGGCUCUUCGUCUGAAAGCGAAGGACCCCUGACUCUGUCGGCCACGGGCGGCCGGCCCCUGGGUUCCGCGUUCGAGGGUGCAUCGCAGCAUGCCUCUUCGACCGACUCCUUCACCCGGUCCAGUGGCCGGCGAUCUUCCUCUUCUGCUUCGAGCUCUCCCGCCACCUCCAUCGAGCCUGCCUUAGACGGCGGUAACCGAUCUGGCACGCGGAAGAACGGCUCCGACAUAAGCAACUCGACCCGCCUCCCCCGCAUCGACAUGUCGGACAGGCGUACGUCGAUGAGCGGACCACGCACUACGUUUUCCUCGACUGAGCACUUCAACGCGUCGCCGCUGCCCAUGAGCGGUCGCCCUGGCGAUACGAUGGCGCCCUCGAUGUCUGGCGUCUUUCCUCCGGGCCAGUGGGAUCGCUCUGGCGGCUUCGCCAACCCGCCCCCCAUGGAUCCCUCCGACUAUGGCCGACGACCAUCGAGCGCGGCGGAUAUGGGGUCCAGAGGUUACCCGACGCCGGGUGCCAGCUCGGGCUACGACACCAACGGCCAGGCCCACGCCGCCGGCGCCUCGGCUCCGGCACGGAAGGGUGGCAAAGAGGGUGGAUCGGGCGCCAUCACCAUCGGCGGCAAGAAGAGAUACCCCUGCCAGCAUCCCGGAUGCGACAAGACUUUCUCCACCAGCGGCCACGCUGCCCGGCACAACCGGAUCCACACUGGUCAAAAGCCGUACCGCUGCACGUUCCCCGGUUGCAAGGCGCGCUUCUCCCGACAGGACAACAGCCUGCAGCACUACCGCACACACAUCCUGCAUCCCAAGGGGCGAUCGUCGCAGUCUUCGCAGGCUCGGGAGGCAUCCGGUCAGUACGAGCUCGACGGCAUGGAGGUCGAAGGCCUCGACGCCGAAGCAGAGGCCAAGGCUGAGCUCGGCCGGCGCGCGCUCGAGGACGGCACUGCCAUCGCCGUGGUGCACGAGGUCAAGGACCAGCACGGGCGCAAGAAGGGCGAGACGAUCGAGCGGAUGGUCGGCAUGCCCCGCGGUCGUCGAGACUCGCUGCACUCGACGGCGCUGGAAGAUGAACGGAGCACCUCGCCGUCCUCGGUCGGCAGCGCGCGCAUCGAACGGCAGGCAAGCCUACCCGGCAUCGCUCACGUGGAGCCUCCGCACUACGACGGCCCCAGCGACUUUUGGUCCUCGAGCGCCGUGCGCCACCACCGGCUGUCGCUCCCGCAUCCCCACGGCGGCGUCGUGCCCCCGGAACCGUAUUCGCGACCUGGACAGCCCAUGGCGAUGAGCGUUGCCCCCGGCCUCGCUCCUGCCUGGUCCGGAGGCAGCUCGGUCUUUGACCCGCGCCUGGAGAUGUCGUCGCCGCAGUUGAGCCAGUCGACUGCGUCGGCAUCCCGGCGCGAGAGCAUCGACCCGGCCCUGCGUACGCUGCCCGGCUUGCCGGACGGGGAUCUCCGACUCGAUGCGGCCAGCCUGCGGAGUGCCAACCUCAGCAUGCCUCAGCCGUAUGGCCGAGCGAACGGCUUCAGCGGAGCGAGCCCCCGCUUUGAGCAGGAUCCCGCCGAUUUCCACCGCAGGAGCCUGUCGAUGGGCACGAGCCACGACCGCGGUGGCGCGAUGCCCGCGCAGCUUCGCUCCUCGGGAGCGCCCUACCCGAUUUCGGCGCCCGGCUCCAACAUGCCUUCUGCCCGUGCCUCCCAGAGCCCCAAGUCGAGCCCGACGUCGAGCAGCAACUCGGGGCCCGACUCGGCCGCGGCGCGGUCUCUAUCGGUGCUGGACAAGCUGGCGAGUGCCAACACAUCGUCGACCAGCCUUCCGGCCGCUCUGUCGUCCUUGACGGCACGAUCGCGCCUGCUCACUGGCGCGGCCGGCUCCGCGGGUCCCGGCUACCAGCAUCCCUACUCGUCGGAUCGCUCGACCAACCUAGACGCAUCGAGCUGCCGGGACGACCCGCUCUCAUCGAUUCCGAGCGGCAAUCUCACACUGCCCCUGCUCCACAGCAGCAGGAGCCCGCUGACGGGCACGAUCAAGGCCAACGACGAUCGCGAGCUGUCCACGAUUGACGCGGAUCGGAUGGCGACUCAGCCUCAUAAUUCUGCGCUGCGCUCCGGCGCAUCACAGGACAAGAUUACCCUGCCACCGCUCAACCCUCCGGGCUCUGGCGGUCGACGGUGGUAA